CCAUGUUCAUAGUUCAUACUCCCCACAUAUCAACAUGACUUUUGAAGCUCCAAGAAUGUCGUUGCUGAUCUUCACGUUGGCUUUCAGCUUUCUAGUUUCCAGUAUUACUGCUCUAGUAGCUUCAAUUAAGGAUGACAACGCGACCUUGACGCACGAGGCGCCACUUGAUGAUAUUGCUGAGAAUUACCACAAAGCUCCUCCGACUCCACAAAUCUAUGCAGCUGGUUUGCUUCACAAGAAUCGAAACGCACCAGAGGAAGCUCCUGGCCCGGAGGAGACUCGUCAUCGACGCCACCAUCGUCGUCAUCACGGUCGCGAUGAUGACGACAAUGCACCAGAGGCGGCUCCUUGUCCGGAGAAGGCUCGUCACGGGCACCGCCACCGUAAUAACGGUGAAGGUCAUCGCCAUAACCAUCGUCAUGGUCAAGGUCGUAAGCAUCAUGGUAAACAUGGUUCUCACCAUGAUCAAGAAGGUCAUGACCACGCUCCAAAGAUGGCGCCAGGUCCUGAUGCGGAUACUCAGAACUCUGGGUUAUAAAAACACGGUUGCUGAACACCAGAACUCUGGCUUAUAAAAAGGAGGGUGUUUUGCAUCCUCCUCCUUAUCUAUAUAUUACUGGUGGUGAACUAUAUAUUAAAUAAAGCUCGUAAGUAAGCUAUAUGAUCAAUAAACUAUAUGAUACUAGGAAGGAAGCCCGCGCUUCGCGGCGGGUAGAUCAUUUUGGAAGUGUGGUACUUUUUUAGUGGAAUUUGGGAUAUAAAUAUGAAUAAUUUGUACAGAUUCAAACGUUGCAUUAUAAAUAAACAUCAGGCAUAUGAAUUUGCUAAA